UAAAUGUUAAUUCAUAGUCGUAACAUAGCGUUUGUGCAUUUCUAGUUUAACGUUUACGUUUCGUGUUUCACGCAUUACUUUUCUUACAAUCCUAACGAUACGUACGUUCAACCUUUGGCAGCUAUCUUGCUCCAUAGGCGUUCCCCGACUCUCCCCAAAUGUUCUUUCAAAAAGCAAAUACGCCUCGCACACGAUACCGUUUUUAUUUAUAAACAUUUGGAACUUGACUUUAAUAUAAGUGAGAAAUCAUUUUUCAAAUACAAAAGAUAAAUUACUGUACGCAGUUUAGGAAAGUUGGACCCGGCUGUAUAUUGAGAAAAAACAGAAAUGUGGAAUGGAAUAGUCCAAUGGAUAUGCAAGCGCAAGGUGAGGAUGUGUUGUAGCUGAGGCGGUGUGUGAAAACAAUCGGGUGCAACUUUGCUAAACUGCGCAUAGUUUUUACCCCAUGGCAUCAGAGAGAUCUUCAUAUCCAGUCAAGAUUGUUUUGAACAGGCAGAGGAGUAGCUCACAGUGCAGAGACGAAGAGCUGGCUGUUGAAGAGGACUCUCAACCCCAGCCUUCAGAUGUGGAGCAGAGAGUGGAGACUGAACCCAUACUGAUCAAAGAUGAGGAGACAGCAGAGGACGUGUGGAAGACUGACCCUCAGGAAGAGCUCAGGAUCACUGGAGAGGAGUCUGGUUCCAAGCCUGGGAAACCACCAUCCUUUGAGCAACGGCACUGUGAUGAGGACUUCAUCACACAACCCAAUAUAUCUCACAAAGACUCAGUGGAACAUUACCCCAAUUCUGAUCGUCCAGAGGAACCAGCAACACCCCAGCUUGCAUCUACGGAGGUAUUCAGCACAGAGCAGCACCGGCCAGAUGAGGACUCACUAGAUCUAGUGAUGGUGAAAGAGGAGGAGCUGGAUCAAACCACGUCCUUGGCAGGACCUGACCAGUUUGUCAUGGAUGAGACUGAUGGGCAGCUGUGGACCUCUGUGGGUCCAGGCAGAGACACUGACCCUGAUGGUCACCCAGAUUUCUCCUUUCAUUCCACAGAAGAGUACUCUCAGAAUAUCUCAAUUUUCCCAUCUCAUAGUGGGCUGUCAUCUGUUCCUACUAUGACAGAUGAAGUGGGGCCAUCGCUCCACUCUUCUUUAUGGAAACCACAUGCUAACAUGUUCAGUGCAGCAAAACACAUUAAAGGACAUGUCAGGACAUUGGCUGAUGAGACUAGACAACAGAUGCCAGAGGGACAGAGCAGUGAAAGGCUGAACUCAAAUAAUGAAGGAAAUAGUUUAGCUCUACAGUCAAGGCAGCAUCAAUACAGGGCUUCAGAAGCAACAGUGAGAUUGAGUGAGUGCAUGACAGGGUCAAACAUGGCCACCACCUCCACCUUCUCUGGAUACAGCCUGAGUCACAGUAGUUUUAACAUGGUGAAGAGAAUGAGGACUCAGUGGAGGUCAGGCGGAACCACCGAGAGGCGUUUCAGCUGCACCUUCUGUGGGAAGAGCUUCCAGCGUUUCAGCGAGCUCAAAGUACACCUCCGGAGUCACACCGGAGAGAAACCGUACACAUGCGAACAGUGUGGCAGGAGUUUCACCCAGCAGUGCAACUUGAUCAGACAUGCUCUGGUCCACACCGGGGAGAAGCCCUACGAGUGCACACAGUGUGGGAAAUGCUUCACCCAGCGCUCCAAAAUGAAGUCACAUCAAAGAACUCACAUAGGGGAGAGUCCAGUGUCUCAAUGUGUGGUACCCACAUACCCUGCGGAUCCACAAACAAGUUUAAUGAUGUCUCAGAACAGAUGGAACAAAUAGUUCAUAAUUACAUAAUUUUUCUGUAACACUUUCUAUGUGAAAAUGUGGAAAAUGUUGAUAAGCUUUUUCUUUCAAUUGAUUUGUGAAAUGGUUUUCAUGCUUGACUGUUGUCUGCUCCUCGUUUUCAUUUUAACAACUUAUUUACAACUGGUAACAAUGUGUAUUUCUACCACAAAAUCAUAAAACCAUAUUAUAUUCAAUCAAACUGAUUUAAUGAAAGCGUCAAUCUGCGCUUUUAGAUCAAUAAUACAGUGCCUUUGGAAAGUAUUCAGACCCCUUGACUUUUUCCACAUUUUUUUAGGUUACAGCCUUUUUCUAAAAUGUAUUAAAUAUAAUUUUUUUCUCAGCAAUCUACACAAAAUACCCCAUAAUGACAAAGGGAAAACCAAUUUUUUAGAUUUUGCAAAGUAAAAUAAAAAAUAAAAACAGAUACCUUAUUUACAAAAGUAUUCAGACCUUUUUCUAUGAUACUCAAAUUGAGCUCAAGUACAUCCUGUUUCCAUUGACCAUCCUUGAGAUGUUUCUACCACUUCGUUGGAGUUCACCUGUGGUAAAUUCAAUUGAUUGGACAUGAUUUGGAAAGGCACACACCUGUCUAUAUGUCCACAGUGGACAGUGCAUGCCAGUGCAAAAACCAAGCCAUGAGGUUGAAGGAAUUGUCUGUAGAGCUCCGAGACAGGAUUGUGUCGAGGCAGAGAUCUGGGGAACGGUACCAAAACAUUUCUAAAGCAUUGAAGGUCCCCAAGAACACACUGGCCUCCAUCAUUCUUAAAUUGAAGAAGUUUGGAACCACCAAGACUCUUCCUAGAGCUUGCCGCCCGGCCAAAGGGAGGUGACCAAGAACCCGAUAGUCACUCAGAGCUCUAGAGUUCCUCUGUGGAGAUGGGAGAACCUUCCAGAAGGACAGCCAUCUCUGCAGCACUCCACCAAUCAGGCCUUUAUGGUAGAGUGGCCAGACGGAAGCCACUCAUCAGGAAAAGGCACAUGACAGCUCGCUUGGAGUUUGGCAAAAAGACUCUCAGACCAUGAGAAACAAGAUUCUCUCAUCUGAUGGAACCAAGAUUGAACUCUUUGGCCUGAAUGCCAAGCGUGACAUCUGGAGUAGACCUGGCACCAUCCCUAUGGUGAAGCAUGGUGGUGGCAGCAUGCUGUGGGGAUGAUUUUCAGUGGCAGGGACUGGGAGACUAGUCAGGAUCGAGGCAAAGAUGAACGGAGCAAAGUACAGAGAGAUCCUUGAUGAAAACCUGCUCCAGAGCGCUCGGUACCUCAGACUGAGGUGAAGGGUCAACUUACAACAGGACAAUGACCCUAAGCACUGUUGUGUCUUUGGCAUCAUUAAAACUGAAGACUUAUUUAUCAAAUAACUCUCUGUAUUUAUUAUUACGCGAUUAAACUGAUUAAUCAUGUAACUGUAGUUAACUAGGAAGUUGGGGCACCUAGGAAAAUAUUCAGAUUACAAAGUUAUAAUUUUCCUAAUAUAACGUUCAGAUAUUUUAAUAUCUGCUCAAUUAGUCUUCGAAUUAAUUAAUUAUUAUUUACCUCACGUUAGUCUCAUUCCAAACGUCGUAAAUUGUUGGUUAUCGGCACGAACCCAGUCUUCACUAUGAGUCGUCCAUACAUCAAUUGGCUUAAAAUCAUUUAUUUACUAACUAAGUAAUUCACAGAAAUGCAUAACAAACAGUAGAUAUGGUUACAAGGAAAUGAUAGCGGAUGUGCCCUUGUGGGCUAAACCGGCAUGGCGGCUUGUUAGACAGAGUGAUAAUUAUAACAAUUGAAAUGCUAAUCCUUUGCACAUGAACGCUCACUCAUUUGGGAACAACUGCAAUCAAUAUAUAUAUUUACGCUCAGUAUGUCGUCGGGAUCUCUGUUGAGAAGUUCAUUUCUGUUGGAGAGUCUGUCCACCCUCUCUCUCUGUCGUGGUUAGAAUGGAUAGUUCAGAGUGACAUUCAUUCAUGUUGUUAUAGAAUAGAUGUUUCGGCGGUUGUCGGUCUUCGCAUUCAAUGAUACCGAAUUCCUAGCUGCAGACUUGUAAUUAAUAUCAAAGACUUGUUCUUAUUCUGGCGGUAUCGAUAGUCUAAGAGUUUAACCACGUGGGAUGGUUAAAAGAUUCAGCAAUCGUCUCAACCCUUAGCCCUCUCAUAAUUGAGGUAAGCUCGGUCUCCUCUCAAACCUUGGCCCUCUCGUUAUCGAGGUAAGCUGGUCUGAAACCUUUAGCCAUCUCGUAAUUGAGGUAAGCUCGGUCUGGUGAUAGAAAACCCAGGUGGGAGUUUUAUUUGGAAGAGCAGAAAAGGGCCUGUCCCAGGACGCCAGACCAUAACUGAGCUCAUGGGCGGUCCUCUAAUUUAGUUAAACUCUAAAGGGAAUUGGAGUUUCCUUCAUUAAACAGUCCAAAAUCACAUUACACAAUUUCACAAACAGUAUCAUACUCACUCAUUCAUCUUACACAACAAUUAGAUGUAAGCCUCAUAUCUGAGGCUAUUGUAUAAACAGCGUUAUGGUAAUGUUGCCAUAUUGUCUCCCAUGAGUUUCACAAAAUUGUACCAAACGGACCAGUUCGUAGCUGUAUUCUUCACUGAUCUUUUAUACCUUCUCCAGAACAUAAAUGUCGUUCGGUUCUCCAGUUCUGUGAGGUGGAAGAAAUUCCUUUGUUCUCUCUAUGAACUCACUCUCUCUAUAUACUGUCUGGCCAUGAGGCAGGAUCUUCCCUAGGAAUUUACGACCUCUCUGACCACAGAAACCUGGUUAUAGGAGACAGAGAGAGAUGGUGCCGAGGUAGGGGGAUGGUGCUCGCAGUGUCCAAAGAGGGCAACGUCAUGACAGCACACAGCCAAGACAAUUAAGGAGAGGUUUCGGGACAAGUCUCUGAAUGUCCUUGAGUGGCCCAGCCAGAGCCCGGACUUGAACCCUAUCAAACAUCUCUGGAGAGACCUGAAAAUAGCUGUGAUGCAACACUCUCCAUCCAACCUGACCGAGCUUGAAUGGAUCUGCAGAGAAGAAAGGGAGAAACCCCCCAAAUACAGUUGUGCCAAGCUUGAAGUGGCAUACCCAAGACGACUCGAGGCUGUAAUCGCUGCCAAAGGUGCUUCAUCAAAGUACUGACUAAAGGAUCUGAGACCUUAUGUAAAUGGCAUAUUUCAGUUUUUUAUAUUUUAUAAAUUAGCUACAAUUUAUUAAAAACUGUUUUUACUUUGUCAUUUUGGGGUAUUGUGUGUAGAUUGAUGAGGGGGGGAAACUAUUUAAUACAUUUUAGAAUAAGGCUGUAAUGUAACAAAAUGUGGAAAAAGUCAAGUGGUCUGAAUACUUUCCAAAGGCACUCUAUAUAGGAGCCAUUUAGUAUGUGUUGUCUAGUUAGUAUUUGACUAUCUGGAAUGUCACUUCUUGCCACAAGGGACAGUUUUAUCAGGUCAAGUUAAUAACUAAAUUCAUUUGGAUUUUCUGAGUUCUAUUUUGAAGUUACUAUGCUGCCUUAAAAUUCCUUAUGUAGUCUCAAAACUAGGCAAUAAAAUAUUUAUUUCUGUCAAA